AUGGAGACCCUGGAAGGAGCUGAACUCUGCUUUCCACACCUCCUCAACGCCUCUUGCAGGAAGAAAGUCCGUCCUCAUUCUGACGCCACGACCAUCUACAUCCUGCUGUCCUCCAUCUCUGUGCUCACUGUGGCUCUCAACCUGCUGGUCAUCAUCUCCAUCUCCCACUACAGGCAGCUGCACACCACCACCAACCUCCUCCUCCUCUCUCUGGCUGUCUCAGACCUCCUCGUGGGCCUCCUGAUGAUGCCGGUUGAACUCCUCCAUACAGAGUCCUGUUGGUUUCUGGGUGACUUCAUGUGUGGUCUUUUUACCUGUGCUUCAUUUAUUGUUACCUCUGCCUCAGUAGGAAACAUGGUGCUCAUAUCAGUCGACCGCUAUGUGGCUAUUUGUGACCCUCUGUGUUACCCCACCAAAGUCACUCUGAGGAGAGUUCAAAUCUGUGUUUGUCUGUGUUGGACCUGCUCUGUUUUAUACAACUGUUUGAUACUGCAGGAUUUCCUGAGACAAACAAACAGGUAUAAUUCCUGCUACGGAGAGUGUGUGGUUGUCAUCAGUUACAUUGCAGGAGCUGUUGACCUUGUUUUGACAUUUUUCAGUCCCAUUACUGUGAUCAUAGUUCUGUAUAUGAGAGUGUUUGUGGUGGCUGUGUCUCAGGCUCGUGCCAUGAGAUCCCACAUUGUGUCUGUCACUCUGCAGCCUUCAGGGACUGGAACUGCUAAGAAAUCUGAGCUGAAAGCAGCCAGGACGCUCGGUGUUGUUGUAGUUGUGUUUCUUGUUUGUUUCUGUCCAUAUUACUACCCCUCUCUUGCAGGCCAGGACACCUCAAGCAAUGCUUGGCAUUUGAUCUUUGGAAUCUGGCUGCUUUAUUUUAACUCGUGUCUAAACCCUGUCAUCUAUGCAUUUUUCUAUCCCUGGUUUAGAAAAUCUAUUAAACUGAUAGUUACACUUCAGAUCCUGCAGCCUGACUCCUGUGGGACCAACAUACUGUAG